CUUCAGUAGGCUAUAAAACGUCAGCAAUCACACCCAUGUUCAGCUUCAACCAUGUAAGGAAGCAGAAAGACUAAGGUGCAUCAUGUUUUGUCCUGAUUGUGGACAUCAAGUCGAAAGUUCGUUUAAAUUCUGUCCUGAUUGUGGCUACAAGUUAUUUCUCUUGACUCAAAACAAGGCAGAAGAUGUAGCCACAUCUGCAAACCAACCCUCAGUCACUGCUGAGGAGAAGAACCAAAAGGAGGAUCAGGUUCCAAAAGACGUGAAAGAAGAUCAAGAAACCCGAUUCCAGAAAGAGCCGGCUAGUGAUGACCAAAAGCCUGCCAAAGAUGGCACAACAUCACAAGACCGAUCAAAUAAAACUGUCUGCCCAGCCAAACUGGAUAAUGGCGCAAGAUCCUACGCAGCCGAUGCAGAUACUGUUACAAAGGACAACCCUGAUGAAGUAAACACUCCUGCCGACAAACCAAGUGACAUUGUUUCUCUGUCUACCUGUGUGUUAUCAACAUCAGCUAAAGAAACCAGCUCAACUUCAUCUGAUUCAUGUGAGCAAACAACUCACGAAUGUGGUUCAGUGACAAAGAAGUCAGCCUCUGAUGAAGAAAAAAAUGAGACACAAAAUCUCCCUGACAGGCCAGAUGUCAAAGCUAACUGGUUAGACGAUACUCCGAGGCAGACUGCUAGUGAUGAUCUAGAGUCAGCCAGAGAUGGGGCUACACCACAGGACACAUCAGAUAGCACUGCAAGCCCAGCCACACAGGAAAAAGGAGCCUUGUCCUCAUCAUCCAGUGAGACAGUCAGUGGAUUAAUUACCACCCAAAAGUCAGAAGUCAUAACAACUUGCAAAGAGGCAGAGAGGCUUUCCUCUACAGCUUCUGAUAGUACCCUUCAACCAUACAACGAGCAACACCUGUCUGUUUCUAAGACAUUGUCUGACGCUACACCUGCCAGUUACAAUCUUACAGAGCAACAAGCAGAGGCCCCAGACACAAGUACAAAUGACAACCCUGAUGAAGGGCAAUUUCCUGCUGACAAACCAGGUGACAUUCAUUCUGGGCCGUUGUCUAUCCCUGCAUCGAUACUGACAUUAACUAAAGAAACCAGCUCGACUGCUCCCGAACCAACUGAACAAAGGCCUCAGGAAUGUGAUUCUGUAACAACGCAGUCAAAUACUAAACAAGAAAAAGAAAAGAAAACCUUUCAUGAAACACAAAUUGUCUCAAAGAGGCAAGGUAAUAAUGAAAAUAAGAUCAACAAACAGCAGCGGACAUUUGCUAAACAAACUGACAAGAAAGAAGACCAAGCAGCCAAAGGGACUAAGGCUGUUGAAACUAAAUCCAAUGAGAAAACAAGUACACACCAGGCAGAGAGACAGGAACGGCAGCCACACCAUAGAGAUGUGGAUAAAUACACUUCACCAAUGCGCUCCUGCCCUCCCAGUCAGGCUGAUGAGAAGCUGGAACCUCAAGGGGCAGCACAUACUUUGGAAACCUCUCAAAUUAAGGCAACACAAAUGUUACCAAAGAGUGAAUCCAUACAUGUGUACUUCCAUGCUGUCACUUCCAAAGAUUUUGAUCCAGGGGAUAAGAUUUUCUUGAUGUCAUAUGUGUCAGGACAGUGGGGAAUAAAUGAGGAAAUGACCUGUACUAGGGAUCUGGGGGACAAACGAUAUCUUGUUGAAGCACAGACUACGAUCUCUAAAAACCUAAUUAAUAAGAGCAUACCCUAUAAAUAUGCCACUUACAAGGCCAGUAAACAUGGCUACAAGGAAAUGUAUGAGACAAUCUACCAGAAAGAUGGAAAUCAGUAUGUGAACAGGUGUCUUACAGUCAAAGAGGAGUUUCUAACUCCUGAAGGGGACUGGCACCAGUAUGACGAUGUGAUCCAUUCUGAGCUGAAGACGAGUUUUUGGUCAGGAGAGUUUUCGACCAAAGAAGUGGUAAUGAAUGGGAGAGACUUUGCUGGCAGAGUGAUGCUGAACAUCAUCUUUGAACUUCUAACAACUUGGAAUGAACAGAAUGUGGACAACUUCUUUUUACUGCUACAACAGUUCUUUGAUACAUACAGCUUUCCUCUUCUUCAUGAUGGUGUGAAAAGAUCAUCGGGAUUACCAUACGGUCCUGAACAAGUGAAAAAUCUUCUCAGAUAUGCUCUGGAUGAAAACCUUAAUCCCAAGAAAGAGUGCUCCUUACACCCUCUUUAUGCUGGAGUUGUUAGGUUGCUCAUUUAUGACAAGUAUCUGAAAGACAUCAUGAAAGAUCAACUGUCCAGUCUCUGCGAUCUUCUGUGCCUGCCAAACCAUCCUCAACACCAUUUCGAACACUUUUGGAAAAAGUUUGCAGGCCCUUUAUCCGAUAAAAACAGAAUUGCAGAUGCUGUUGAGAUGCUGUGCGACAAUGCUAGAAAACAACGUGUUGAGAAGUGGUUCUUGGUCAUCCCUCUGAUUCACCUAUUGAGGGGAGAAAGCAGGCCCUUUGAGCCAGUUCCACCUGUCCUCAAUCCAAAGUUUGACUCCUGGACAGGCUUAAGGGAGAGGAAAGGAACAAAUGUCCACAGGGACAAUAAUGCAAGUGUAAUCCGGAUCAUGAAAGAGCAUGCAUACCAGGCGAACAUUGAUCGUCUUCUUGUGCACUCUUGGAUAUCCCUGCUCCAUUUGGAUGAUCUGAAAAGCUUCACAGAAAGUGUGCAAGUAGAUCUUCUAGACUUACUGCAGUACCUACAGUUCAGCCUAAAACCUGGAACAAUGCACACCAACUACAUGACAUUGAAAGGCUUGGUUUCUCAUCUCAUCAACAAACUUAGCUGUCACAGUCAAAGUUUUGAUGGCAAAUAUGGAGAGUGUUGCCUGCAUACUGCAGGACAGCUUCUUGGUUUUAUCUGCCGUCACACAACUGAUCCACAACACUAUGAUGUUCCUCUUGGCUUCCUGGAUCUAGUCUGUCUCAUUUCCAAGUCAACAGAGAGACAUCAUGAAGACUUAUUCUGGGACACUUUAGAAACAAUAAAGAAAUGGCGUGGAAGUACCUUCGGAAACAGACUACUAAGUGUAUGGAGUCCUGUGCAGUUUACUGUACCCAGUGAAGUUAAGGUAUGGGAGAAGUUACUCUCACUAUCCUUUAGCCAUGAAGAAAACACGCAGUCUUGGAGGACGGCCUUAACGGAGGAUUUUGAGGCAAAGCUAAGAAAAGAAAGACCAAUUGAUCAAAUUGGAAUAUACUCUAACAAGAUGGAAGAACUGAGCCAGGCACGCUCCUCGCUAUGCAGCACAAUGGAGAAAUGUGCGUUGGAGGCUAUUGCAGUUAUUUGUCAGGAUAAAUCCAGAAGAGCUCUUUCCGAUCUAUUGAAGAAACAUGAUAUCUCAAAGUUUGGGAAGCUGAUGUCUGUUGUUGUGCUCAAGACAUGGCCCAAAGAUGCAAAUGGACAUGACAUUGAAGGGGAGGACUUGAUAUUUGAGUACCUCCUCAAUUGGCCAAUGGCAAAAUCUGUCUUUGGAAUGACAGGAAGAGAUAAACGACUGAUUGACAAGCUGUCAGAUGAAGCACAAAUCAAGAUGACUUUGGCGAGUUCAGCUUUUAAAUCUGUGACAGAAAAGUUCCUCAGUGGACAAAUCCAAAUGAAAACUUUACACCAAAUCUCCCUGAAAAAACAAGAGUUUGUUGACUUGCUGAAGAUUGAUGGACUCUGUGAUGAUGAUCGCUGCAAAGAUGAAAGAAACAUGAAACUAUUACUGAAACGAAGAACCGAGGAAGCAGAAGCUAUCCAAAGUGAGAAGGAGCUGGUCAAGAGUCUUCUCCAUAUCUGCCAGGAGCUUCCACAACGUGUCAAAGUUGACUUCAAGGGCUUGGACGAAAAACUUCGACAGAACAUUGAGAUGAUGAAUCUCAAUGAGUUAAUGGACGUUCACACUCUUGAUGGACAGAACUCAUCUAAAAUUGAGGUUACUUAUUUCAACUUGUGUGAUAGCACCCGUCAAAUGGCUUCAGAAUUGGAUGUCAUUAAAGACAGUACAAUCUUCAAAUUGUGCUGGACAAAUCAAGUGGAAGAUCUGACAAGAGAACAGUCUGAUACAGAAGACCCUGAACAUCUGUAUGAAAAUGAAGAAAUUUACACUCUAGACAUGGUCUACAGCAAAAUAUUCAAGAGCUGCUUCAGCGAGUACAAAGCUCUUUAUGAUGGUCUGAAGAGCGGGGAACUGUUACUGGAGCAAAUAGACAGCAUUUUGGAGGUCUAUAAAAGCAAUUAUGAAGAUUUGCAGAAAGAUUUUAACAUCAUGUGCAGAACAAAUCAAUCUGAUGACAGAAAGUGGAUCAAAACAAGGGCUCACCAGAUUGAACAGUACAGUGAUCUUCAUCUUGCAAUGGAGUCUGCCCAGAUCAUCAUCGGUAUCAGGGAUGCAGUGUGUCCAGAAGGAGACUUCAAAUUACUUGAGAAACUGCUGCAAAUGAAUCAAGCAGACUUCAAGAAAAACAGUCUGAACUGCAUCGAUGACAACUUCAUAAAAGCAAAAAUCAUGUUGAAUGACAUUACAAGUGAUCGCAAGGAAUGUCUUCAGGAACUUCGUCUCAGCCAAAAGUUUGUCCAGUGGGUAAAAGAAGAACUUGAAGAUAUCAAUGAACUGAAAGUUUUUGUUGACCUUGCAUCCAUCUAUGCUGGAGAAAAUGAUAUGGAGGUGGAUCGAGUGGCCUGUUUUCAUGAUGCUGUCCUUGGUUACUCGUCCAUGUUGUAUGGACUGAAGGAGGAUUCUGACUUUGCUGCCUUCAAGGAGUCCCUGUCAAAACUGUGGAAGGCAUUUGAAAAUGAUAAAGAGAUACCAAGAAAAUUGCGGGAUACAUCACGCCAUCUGGAAUGGUUAAAGACUGUAAGGGAAAGCCAUGGAUCUGUUGAAUUUUCAUCUCUGUCCUUGGCUACAUCCAUCAAUGAGAAAGGAGUGUACAUCAUCAAAGCCCAGAAUGAGAAAAGGCUCACAUUAGAGAGUUCCCUCAUGCUGCAAAUUCAGGACGGACUUGAGAUAAAUAUGUCAUGCACCUAUGAGGACCUGAAAGAGUUACAAAAUAAGCUUAUGCUUAUGUCCGGAAGAGGGGAACAAAAUCAAAGUGAAGUGGAAUUCUUUGCUGAGGUGUUUGACAAUGUCCAAAGACUUGCCAGAGCUUUUGUAGACCUUUAUGCUGCAGGGAACCCACUCUUCAAGUGUUGGGAAGCUAAAAUGUAUUGCAAAAGUCAGAAUGACCCAUGUAUCACAUUGGAACUCAACUUUUGCAAGACCCUAUAUCACAUCCAAGUAUUUGGAAAUCUAGUUGAACAACUUGCAGAAGUGUCCCAGAAGAUGGAGUUAUUUCUUGAUGACUGGAGAAACUUCAUGGACACACAAAGAUCUGACCACUACUACUUAAACUUUUUCACAGCAGAACAGAUAUUCUACCUGUGCAGCGUUGUGACUCAGAGCAAUGUUGAUGUAGAAAUAGAGGACAACGCUUUGAUGAUGCUGUCUUUCAUCAAACCAAACUGCACAACUUCAGAUGUCUGGGGAACAUGGAAAAAGUUUCAAGACCAAUUUGAGCCUGGCAAAAGGAUGAAUGACCAUAUUCCCUUUAAAAGUCACUUUCGUCCCCCUGAUGACAAUCACAUGUCCUCAGCCAAUGCGAGUCAUUUAACAGCAGAUGAUUCAGCAGGUACUGCAGUCCAGGCUGCUGGUUUGAAAGAACUGGAAGAGUUGUGGAAUGACUACAUGGAGAAUAAGGGAAUAUUGUUCCAUGACCUUUUGGACAUAAGGAGUCUAGGCUGUCUGUUAAAAAUGAUGACUGCCUCAGAAAUUCAAAAUGAAAAUGAAUGGGAACAACCAUUGCUUUCAGAGACGCAAGACAGCUCACUCAGAAGAAGCCUCCCAAAAGGCCUUAUCCCAAACCAGCCAAAUCUCAUCAUCUGUCCUCAUGAUGAUGUCCUGACUUCAUGUAUCUGCUUGUACAUGACUAGUGAGUAUGAACCACUGCCUAGUUAUGAUGAGGUUCUCUUGUGCACUCCGGAAACAUCUCAUGAACAAGUAGAGCUUUUCCUGAGGAGAUGUCUCACACCAGGUGACAUUGGCCAGAAGAUUUAUACAAUGCUUUGGGCAGAUCAACUCACCUAUGAUGUAAGCUGUGCAAUGGAGAAGUGUCUUCAGAAUCUACAGUCCCUUUUUAGACAUGAGUCCAGGCUGGUGAUUAUUUGCAGCUCUGACAGGGAGCACACUUACAUUCCUACUGCAUUCAGUCAGUUUAAAAGAGACUUUGUGCCCCAAGAGCCAUUGGAAAGGAUCCAAAAGUACCUGUCUAGGCAUUACACUGUGCCCUCAGAUCACAAGAAUGCUUUUUUCAAAGGUGACCAUUCUGUUGGCAUUGUUGCAUCCCAACGUGCAGGAGUAGGCAAGUCAUUGUAUGUCCAAAGACUGUAUGAAAAGCUGGAGGGAAGUGUUGAAAAAGGAACUACAUUUAAGAAGUGCAUCCGAGUAACUGAGCGUGAGGUUAAUGAACACAAGGUCCUCCAGUCUUUGUAUGACACACCAAAAGGAGAAGAUCUCAGGAUGUUUCACUUUGAUAUUACAUCCUCGGUGAAAAAAGGCUUGAAUGAAUUUCUAUUCAAGCUUUUCUUUUUGCGGUACCUGAUGGAUUCAGAUGGACAGAUGUGGCGCUGCAGUCACAAACACUUGUACAUUGUUGAGUUACUGGAAGCCACAAAUCUUCAGCCAAGAUAUGCAUCCAAAUCUGGACGAAAAGAAAACUUUGCAUUCUGGGACAUUUUCCCUAAGGUGAUUUGUCGUUCACCAAAGGAGGUAAUGGCUUUGGAAAUGAAGGGAGAGAAAAACACUGACAAGAUGAGUGAAGACCCCCUCAUGGAUGAUGAAUUUUUCAGGAGUGAAGUUUAUCAAAGACCAUAUCAAUACCUCACACGUUUUCACAACAAAAACAAUCUCGACAGUUUCACUUACCAUGGCAUUGAAGGAACUCAGACGGAGUGUCUUCAGAUACUCUUAAUCUACUGUGGCAUUAUAGAUCCAUCUUGGGCAGAGCUACGUAACUUUGUCUGGUUCUUAAAUCUUCAGUUAAAAGACUGUGAGAAUUCAGAGUUCUGCAAACUCGAGUUUGUUGGAGACACUCUUCAAGGGUUCAAAAACUUUGUAGUUGAGUGCAUGAUAUUGAUGUCCAAAGACUUUGCAACCCCAUCACUAUGCAUCACUGACCAGAGCCCAGGGUGUCAACAAACUGACAUCAGUGGCCUUAAUGAAGAAGAUUUAGCUCCAUUCCUCAUCCGAAAAAGGUGGGAGUCUGAGCCGCAUCCAUACAUCUUUUUUAACGAUGACCACAUGUCCAUGACUUUCAUUGGAUUUCACCUGGAGCGCAAUGACCAGAAGGGGGUAGAUGCCUUAAACCCAUUGACAGGAAAAGUGAUCAAAAGAAACAUCAUGUCUCAAGAGCUGUACGCUGGCUUAAGACAUCAGAGAGUCCCUUUUAAUAGGGACUUUGAUCAGCUUCCUCGAGCUGACAAGAUUGAGCAGCUGUGCAGUGUGCUCGGCAUCAAGUGGCCAACAGAUCCUGAUGAAACAUAUGAACUUACAACCGAUAACAUUCUGAAAAUGAUGGCAAUCCAUAUGAGAUUUAGGUGUGGCAUUCCAGUCAUCAUAAUGGGUGAGACUGGAUGUGGCAAGACGAGGCUAGUGAAGUUCAUGUGUGAGUUGAGAAAGUGUGCAGCACAAGCAGAGAACAUGAAACUGGUCAAGAUUCAUGGAGGGACAACCCCAGAAAUGAUAUAUGAGAAGGUGAAGGAAGUAGAAACUCUUGCAAGGACCAACAAAGAGAAUCAUGAUUUGGACUCGGUUCUUUUCUUUGAUGAGGCAAACACCACAGAAGCUAUCAGCAGCAUCAAAGAGAUCCUUUGCGAUAACACUGUGCAAGGACAACAGCUUUGCUCUGAAACAGGACUACAUAUUGUUGCUGCAUGCAACCCCUACAGGAAGCAUACAGACAAGAUGAUUGAAAGGCUGGAGGCUUCUGGUUUGGGCUACAGGGUGAGGGCUGAGGAAACUGAGGACAGACUUGGCUCAAUCCCUCUCCGCCAGCUCGUGUAUCGUGUUCAUGCGUUACCCCCCAGUAUGAUUCCUCUCGUUUGGGACUUUGGACAGCUCAAUGACUUAACAGAGCAAAUGUACAUCGAACAAAUAGUGCAAAGACAGACAAAGGCCAACUUGGUUGAAAAGAGUUAUAUUCAGACAAUAACUAAGGUUUUGUCAGCAUCACAAAAGUUCAUGAGAGAGAGGAAAGAUGAAUGCAGCUUUGUCAGUUUGAGAGAUGUGGAACGGUGCAUGCAGGUGUUUGUGUGGUUCCAUAAAAAUCACCCAAUGCUUGCAAAAGAACUGAACUCAUUUCGUCAAAAGCAAAGUCAGAGGGAGCAAAACAAAAUCAACUUUUCACCUGCUAGUGACAGAGUUAUCUGGUCACUCUUGAUGGCCACUGGAGUAUGCUAUCAGGCCUGCUUGGAGAAAAAAAUGCCAUAUCUGCAAACUAUCAGCCAGGGGCUCCCCCGUGGCUAUAGCAGUAUGAGAGUACUCCAGGAAAUCCAACUCAUGCAUGACCUCCUACUCAAUGGUGUACCCAUGGGCAAGACAAUAGCCAGAAAUGAGGCUUUGAAAGAAAAUUUCUUCAUGAUGGUAAUCUGUGUUGAGCUAAGAAUUCCCCUGUUUAUUGUUGGGAAACCUGGGAGCUCAAAAUCACUGUCCAAAACCCUUGUUGCCGAUGCAAUGCAGGGCCCUUCCUCACACUCUGAACUGUACAAGAGGCUAAAGCAGAUACAUCUGGUGUCUUUCCAGUGCAGCCCUCAUUCUACUCCUGAAGGAAUCAUCAACACAUUCAAGCAAUGUGCCCGCUUUCAGGAAAACAAAAAGUUGGAUGAAUACAUCUCAGUAGUUGUACUUGAUGAGAUUGGAUUGGCCGAAGAUUCCAGUAAAAUGCCUCUAAAAACACUCCACCCAUUACUGGAAGAGGGAUGUGUGGAUGAUGAGCCACAACCUCAUAAAAGGGUUGGAUUCAUCGGAAUUUCGAACUGGGCAUUGGACCCUGCGAAGAUGAAUCGUGGAAUAUUUGUGUCCCGUGGGGAUCCAAACCAUAAAGAGCUCAUCAAGAGUGCUGAAGGGAUAUGCGCAUCUGAAAAGAAGAUCCUGGACACCAUCAAACCCCUCUUUGAGCCAUUCGCAAAAGCAUAUGGGACCAUAUGCCAACAAGGGAAGGGCUUUUUUGGUCUGCGGGACUUCUACAGUCUCAUUAAGAUGAUAUUUUCUAUUACUAAACACAGCAAUAAGAAACCUACCACAGAUGAAAUCACUGGAGCCGUCCUGAGAAACUUCAGUGGAAAAGAUGAUGUCGAUGUGAUGGGCAUAUUUAGCACAGAACUCAGAGAAGACUUUGCCAAUGCCUGCAUCUCCACCAAAACUCUGGUCAAUCAAAUCAUAUCUCCAGCUGGCCAAGUUGAUGAAAGUCGUUACCUCUUGAUCCUCACAAAAAACUAUGCCGCUCUUCAGAUUCUUGAACAGAUGUUCUUCACAAACAAAAUCCAUCCAGAGAUUAUCUUUGGGUCCAGUUUCCCAAAAGAUCAGGAGUACACACAGAUUUGUAGGAACAUCAAUCGUGUCAAAGUUUGCAUGGAGACCGGACAGACAGUUGUGCUUCUCAACCUUCAGAAUCUGUACGAAAGUCUGUAUGAUGCUCUUAACCAAUACUAUGUGACCCUUGGAGGUCAAAAGUAUGUUGAUCUUGGAUUAGGAACACAUCGUGUGAAAUGUAGAGUUCACAAAAACUUCAGGCUCAUUGUCAUUGAAGAGAAAGAGGUGGUGUAUGAGCAGUUCCCCAUCCCACUGAUCAACAGGCUGGAGAAACACUACCUUGACAUCAACACUGUCCUCAGAGAUGAGCAGAAGGGCAUUGUCCAACAACUACAGAAAUGGGUUGAUGAUUUUGUGUCCUUAACUAGUCAACACCAUACAAUGAAGCAGUAUGUUCCAAGUGACGUCUUCAUUGGCUACCACUCAGACACAUGCUCCUCUGUGGUCCUUCAAGUAACAGAGAAUCACAGUGACGAAACAGAUGCUCAGAUCAUUCUGGACAAAGCCAAAGAAAUUUUGCUCAACUGUGCCACUCCAGACUCAGUUAUCCGUUUGGACAAAUCCAGGCUGCCUGAUGAGGAAAGAGAACAUUUAAUGAAUACAUAUGUUAGAGAGAAGAUGCACAGUUCAUUUGGAGACUACAUCGUCUACCACAGAAAGGAACUGGCACAGUCCCGCUUUUUCUUCACUGAGGUCACAACAUUUUCCAGGCUUUUGACUGCAGCAGACACACAAAAACUGCAAAGUACUAUAAAGCUUGACAAUAUCCAUCUGCUAUCACUGCAGCAGUUUGACACAGAGUACUCUUUUCUCAAGAAAAUCAGGGAAUGCCUUGGCUCAACACCUGCAGACAGAGUACUCAUUAUCCAAACGGACUACGAGGAAGAGUCCCACAAGAGGAAUGUUUUUUCCUCCGCCAAGUAUGCAUGCAUCAACGAAAUAAACAAGUGGGCCACUGCAGACAAGCCACUUGUUUACUUUGUCACCAAACUCCCUCGAAUCGAGGGUGGUACUUCAUUUGUUGGGUUUCAAGGAGGUCCUUGGAGGUCUGUACACAUUGAUGAUCUCAGAAGAUCAAAAGAGUUUGUGACUGAUGUAAACUGCUUGAAAAAGCUUUGCAUGAGUGAGAUUUUUGAAGAUCCACCUGAGGCCAUGGAUGCAGAAGACCAUAAUGGUGUUCCACAAAACAAUGACUCCACUGUGUUGGAAGGUUUGUUUGAUAUCCCAAAUCUGCUGAGGAGCUGUGUCCAGAGUGCAGUGAGCAUGCUAAGAGAUUCAGCGGACAAUGCAGAGCUCAGCACAAAGCGAGUGGAGAGCUUGCUCACACUUCUGGAUGAAAGUCAGACACAAGGUGUGUUCACAAACAUUGUAAGGAAGCGUAUCCACUCACUGUUGAAAGACUAUGAGGCCAACAUUCCUAAUCCUAAAAGCUGGGUGCUGAGGGAGGCUUCUAAUGUCAGCGCUCUUCAAGAGGGAGGAACAUUCUUGCAUACGCUGUGGAGGAAAAUACAAGCAGUUGUUGCACCACUGCUAGCAAACUUGGUCUCAGUCAUUGACCGAGAUUGCAAUUUGGAGCUUUUGCUAAAAGGAUGUGAUGAACUCAAAAGCCUAUGGCUCGAGAUUUUUGGGAACCCAAAUAUGCUACUUGUACCUUAUGUGAGAGUGGAAAGCAACUCCAGUGUGAUAAUGGUACAAAGCCAUAUCACAGGCGGAAACACCAUGUGCUGCUGUAUGCCGUUCAGCUGGUGGAUCAAAGAGUUCCUGGAAGGGCUCAUGAUGCAAACAUCCAGACAUGAAAGUCGAUUCCUAGAGGUUUUCUUAAACACUCCUCUUGGCAGGCACUUGAACGAAAAUGUCAAUGAGAACAUGAGGAAAAAAUUCUUUGAAAGUUACCUACAGGAUUUUGUUGCAAUGACUUUCAAAGUGGCAUCAGAUGAAGAAUUACAGCUCAUGUGUCAGGCCCUGGCCAGCUGCGUUGAUGAAGUAAAGAGACGAAAAAGAGACGAAGAUGAGCUUUCUCUUCCUCUUGUCCACAUUGCCCACCAUAUCUUCCAAAGGCGUCUUCAGAACCUCUCACGGAUGUUUGCUCUUCAGCCUGAUGUUGUGACUCGUUUGAGAAUAAACCAGCACAUUAGAAACUGUCCAGAGAUGGUUUUGGAUGUGCAUGCAGCCCAGGCGUGUGUUGAAUGUCUGGGGUCUCCUAAAGUUGAUGCUCUCUGCCAGGAAUGGCUUAAGCAGGUCAAGAGUCUGCAAGCAUCUUUAGAGAUGAUUUGUUCCCACAUUCACACCAAACUGUAUGGACAGAGAUGCAAAGAAAGACUCCAUGAUGUCAGUAAUGGCUGGAAGCGCAUUCACAUACUCUCGUUGUUUGCGGAGCACAUGCUGCUGGGUUUCCAUAAUGAUGAGAAUCAGAUCAGAAUUCUUGUCCAGAGUCACAUCCAGACCUUAAGCAGGGUUCUGGAUAGAGACUCCGAUGUUAAACAAAUGAGCGCUUUUAGGGCAGUAAUUCAAGUACUAACGUCCUGCGAGAAGAGCGCAAGUGAUCUUUUUUUCAGGGUGACUGUCAAGAAACAUGCAGAAUUCAGGCGGCGUUGCAACGGUUUCUUCAUUGAUUUGCUCUCCACUGUGUGCUUCAAGGACAACUUGCCACCAGCCAGGGACGUCAUCAAGCACCUAUUGUCCUACCUUAUGGUUGAGACAGAAAACAGAGAGAUUCACACCAAAGAUUUGUCGCCCUUUGAUGAGUCUCCUGAUAAGAACCCAGUCGUUCGAUCUGUGAUCCUCAAGCUGCUGCUCAAGUUCAGCUUUGAUGAAGUCAAGGAAUAUUUGCAGCAGCAUUUGUCAUCUAUAGAGGACAGCAGGUUUGUGCAUGAGGAGGAUAAAGCAGAACUUUACGCCCUGUACAUCAACUGCUUGGAGGACUCCAUGUGGGAGAGAAUGCCUCAGGAAGGCAACAAAACUAAAGAGUUGGUUCCUUUUGCCGAUGAUGAAACACAAUUCCUGCGCUCCUUUUUGGAUGAUGUCACAUCUGUUCCAGAAACAGUGUCAAUUCAACAUCUCCAACACAUUGCAGGAUUGCGUGUGUGCCUCACCUUGGCUGCCAAGAUCAUCAGUGACAAUCUGUCUGAAAAUGAUGUCCCAGACGGAGCUGAAGAUUUCCUGAAUACGGUGAUUAAGCUCUGUCAGGACAGUAGGAAUGAUUGGUACCGUGUUUAUCUGAUCCGCAAGCUCAGUCGAAGGCAUGGGGUCGAGUUUGUUCAGACACUGGUGAAAGAACCAAAGUUCACCUGGCUUUUUCCUGCAGAGAUCCGGCAACAGAAUGAAGAUGGAGGCCAGAUGGACCAGUAUCUUUUGUAUGGAGAGGAAUACAAGGCGGUGAGGGAUGCUGUUGCCAUGGCAGUAGUGGGUGGUGAAGUAGAGCAGAUUGAAGAAGUCUGUGAGAAAUGCGCUGCACCACCAAGGAAUCGAACAAUGUUCAUCCUCCUGGCACUUUUCCGAGAGGUCACAACUCUGUACAGGUCUGCAAAUACAGGACUUCACCUGACCCCUGAGCGAAGACAAGUAUUUGGAGAGUUCAUCCAGGGCUCAAGAUAUCUGCAUCAAAAAGAAUUGAGGACCUUUGCCUCAGCCUUGGUUGACAACAGGUUGGGAGCCCUGACCAUGAACCCUGGCCGUACUAUUACACACAACACUGUCAUCGAGCUGACUAUUCAUCUAGCGGUUGUUCUGCUCACUGGGACUCAGCCUCUGUUGAUGCCACUCAAGCAGCUCGGCCUGUUUCCUGAAAAUAUGCAGGGGGCAUUUAUACCCACAAUGCCUGAUGACAUGUUAGCUGCUGCUUGCACAGCAUUUGAAAAUGCACCAGGGAGAUAUACUUGGUAUGUGUGUCCAAAUAAUCAUCUAUGCAUUGUUGACGAGUGUGGCAUGCCCAUGCAGAGGGGCAUCUGUCUGGAAUGUCGCCAAGAGGUUGGAGGGGACCAACAUGUAGCUCUGCCCGGAUUCAGAAAAACACAGCUGCAGCAGGAUCAGACAAGGCCUGGACACAUCCUAGGGGACCCUGAGCAGAGAAACAACCCCAAUGCCCUGGACACCAAAAACAUGUCUCUGGCUCCCUUCACUCUUGUCAGACUUGUUACACAUUUGGCGAUGUUGCUGGGAGCCUCAGAGAAGCCCCAGUUUGUCCAGAACAUCAUCCAGCCACCUGUUGAGGAUGUUUGUCAGUUUAUUACUCUGCACAUAUUAACGGAUCUGGAACAGCUGUCCCAGACACUGGGAAGGGGCGCUGACGACACUGUUACAACUGUCCACCUAGUGCUUAGAUCACUGCAAGAGCUAAUGCAGACCAGUCACUCUGAUACUGAUCCUCACCUGUCAACUAAAGAAUCCAGAAACAACUGGGAGACUACUGUCGCUGCAGAAAUAAUGACACCCCGGUUGAGGGAUCUAGAUCUGCUCCUGCAAGAAGCAAAGGGGAGCAUCAGAACUGACUCCCGUGUUUCCUCCAACUUCAUCAUAAGAACAACUUUGGGGGAUGACUGCACCUUCCUCACAUCGCUGGCUCAGUGCUCUCAAGUCCACAGCUCCGCUGUGUGGAGCUGCAGAGAUAGACUGUCGUUGUUCAGCCUCACACACAUUGUGGAGCAAAAUGACCAGAAGGAGGAUCUGCCUCUUCUGUGGAGGUUCCUACAGAAGCAGAGAGAAUUUCGGCAGAUUAAGCAUCUUCCCAGCAUCCUUACCCUGCAGAAACACUUGGUGAGAAAGUUCCAGAACACAUCAGAUCAAAUAGGGGUCUCAAUCGGAGAUUUCAUGAAGAAGCAAACAGAUUUAAGAGCAUGGUUUGAGAAACACAUCGACACCUUCCUGAAAGCCUGGAAUCUGCUUAGAGUGUCUGUAACAAGCAAUGAGAUGAAGAUACCAGAUGAAUUUAGCAGCCAUGACUUAAACCUGGACAGCGACCUGCAGUACCUCCUGCCCCAGCGUCAGGGUCCAGGACUGUGUGCCACAGGGCUGGUCAGCUACCUGGUGUCACUACAAAACGAGCUGGUGAAUGCUGUGGAUACUCAGACUGGAGAGGACAACAGCAGUUACAGAGUGAGUGUGGCAGAGCUCACAGAGCAGCAUGUGAUCCACUACGAGGUGGACAAAGACCUGCUUCCUCUGAUAUUAUCCAACUGCCAGUACAGCUUGGAACGGGGCCAUGAGACAAUAUCACAGUAUGAUCUGCCCAGGAUCCAGCAGCAGAUCCUCACCCGCUUCCUGCAGGGAAAACCCCUCAUCACCCGCACAGGAAUUCCUACUCUGGUCAACACACAAGAGAGAGACUAUGAAUCUAUUUUCAAAGCUGUUAAAGGAAAAGUGCAUCAGGACACUCUGUCCUCUCUGACCCGGAAUGCCUUGUCCAGAGAGCUGGAGUCCUACAGCGAGGUAUGUGAGGCACUCAAGAUCGUGGAGCUACUUCUGGGUUUCCUCUCGAUGACAGGUGGUGAUCCCAUGACGUCACUGGUCAUUUACCUGCAGGACGUCCUGAAGAUGGCCAACAACAUCGAUCAACAUACAUUGAAGGCUCUGGGCAGAUGUACCCUCAAACAUUGUGUUUGUUUGUGGCAACUCCUCUCCUCCCUCAAAUCAGAAAAAAUGCUGCAGCGUCUCAAGAGGGAGCCAUUUUCAGGGUAUCCAACUGAAUACCAGGUGCAGCUGACUGAGGAAGAUAAGACAGCGCUGAAGGGCUUCCUGUCCAGGGGCAACGUGGACCAAUGGCUGCUUGAGAUGCACGAGUUCCUCCUGCUGAAUCUGGGCCGCCCAAAGGCCACUGAUGAUUACACACCAACCUGGAGUGUAAAGGAGACUGUGGCGGCUUACAUGGACCGUAAAGAGGUGGAGGUGCCUCUUUACGUGGAGGACAAGUUUCCAGAAAACCUGACGCUGUCCCAGAUUGUGGCGACCUGGAAAUACUCUGUCACAGCAAGGCAGGAGUUGAUUAUGGAGGGAUGAGGUGGAUGUGUUGUAGAAAUGUGAGAUUAUGAGGUUAAAUGUAAGAAAACCAAGUUUGAUUUGAUUUUGUUUUAAUUUUUUCCCGCCUUUAUUUGUUCCUGAUUUGUUGUGUGAAAGAUGAAUAUAUAGUGAAGGUCCAUUCUUGUAACUCCUUGAUCAAACAGUUUAUUACAUAUUACUAGCUGCUUAUUUACUGCCCUAUAUCAGUUUAUAAGAGAUCAUUCAGAUGUGUGCCAUGCCUUACAUGAAGGGUCAGAACCUACUCAGGACAAAUUAACUAAGACUUUGAUAUUGAUUGUUUCAUCAACCAUGCCAGAUCUUCUUUGAGUGAUUGCACCUAGUUGAACACAGCCGCGCUGCCUAAUGUUGAAAUUUAAGAACAACAAUACAGUCAAGCACAAGCUUCAUGUGCUAAUUCAGGCCCUAUAAUAUUUUAUUUUUAGAAUUUGCUGCCGGCCAUGGAGCUGAUAGGUUGUGCCUGCUGAAUGAAGGCUUCAGUCCUUCAAACAGGCAGCCCGGGUUCAAGUCUGACCUGUGGCUCCUUUCCUGCAUGUCACUCCCCACUCUCUCGUCCCAAUUUCCUACUCUGUCCACUGUUCUAUUAAAUAAGGGCUUCAAGCUAGAAAAAUUUAUCUCAAUUUUUUGGGUGCUGCAGGCCAAUAAAAAAUGGAUCACGAGCUGCAGGUAUGGUCUUAUGGUCUUAUGUUUGGACACCCCUUUUGGAAAGAUAAACUGGAUAAGAAAUGUAAUCAUGCAUUCUGAUUUUCAUUCACAUUAAGUAUUCUCUCUUAGUUCAUAUGGAAUUUCUUGUGAUGCUUUUUAUUGAGUGUCUUUGAUUUAUCUGAUUUAUGUUUGUUUCCUCAGUCUGGUCAUGUUGGUCGUAGCAGUCUUAAAAUAACGGCCAUUAUUGUUGUCAUCAUUGCAGUAACCGCUGUGGUGUUUAAACGCCUGUAAGUGGACCCAUGCCUCAAUAAAGCUUUCAAGUUAAUAAAAUGAUGUCAGUUACAUAAAAAUUA